CGAAACAAUGAGCAUUCCCGCCUUCAAACCACCGCCUCUCCGCCAACCGCCGCCGAUUGCCGAUUCUCCAGAUCGCCGCCACCUCCACCGCAGCUCCUUUCAAAGCUCCCAGACCAUCAAUCCCAACAAUUCUUUCGAAUCCGAUACUGCCUCAUGGACUUCUUCCAUAGCUCACCACUGCAAAAACGGCCGUUUAUCGAAAGCAAUACUGCAAUUCAACCGUAUGCGCGUAUCCGAAAUCGAGCCAAAUCACAUCACCUUCAUCACUCUCUUCUCCGGCUGCGCACAUCACCCAUCGCAGGGCUCCUCGCUCGGUCCCUCAAUUCAUGGCUACGCGCGAAAAAUCGGGCUGGAUGUCGCUAAUGUGAAGGUCGGUACGUCUCUGAUCGACAUGUAUUCGAAAAUUGGGGAAAUUGAAUCGGCGAGAUUGGUCUUUGAUCAUAUGGAUAUGAGGAAUAAGGUGUCUUGGAACACUAUGAUUAAUGGCUACAUGAGGAAUGGCCAAUUUGGGGAUGCGGUCAAGCUGUUCGACGAAAUGCCGGAACGAGACGCUGUGUCUUGGACUGUGCUGAUUGAUGGUUUCGUGAAGAAGGGGAAGUUCGAGGAGGCGUUGGGGUGGUUUCAAGAGAUGCAAUUGGCCGGUGCCGAUCCUGAUUUCGUGACGAUUGUUUCGGUGCUCUCUGCUGUUGCUAACAUAGGAACACUGGGAUUGGGGCUUUGGCUGCAUCGAUUUGUUUCAAAGCGUGAAUUUAGGGAUAAUAUUAGGGUUCACAAUUCGUUGAUCGAUAUGUACUGUAGAUGUGGCUGUGUUGAAUUCGCGCGUCAAGUGUUCGAUACAAUGCCCGAACGGAGCCUAGUUUCGUGGAAUUCGAUAAUAGUUGGCUUAGCUUGCAAUGCAUAUGCAGAGGAAGCUCUGCGUUACUUCCACCUGAUGCAGGAAUCCGGUUUUGAACCGGACGGUGUGAGCUUCACCGGAGCUCUCACCGCCUGCAGCCACGCGGGCCUAGUCGAGGAGGGGCUGAAACUCUUUGCAGAAAUGACACGAGCUCACAAAAUUAAGCCAAGAAUCGAGCACUACGGAUGCGUUGUGGAUCUCUACAGCCGUGCAGGGAGGCUGAGAGAUGCGAUGCGGGUGGUGGAGGGGAUGCCGAUGAAGCCUAACGAGGUUGUGUUUGGUUCUCUGCUGGCAGCCUGCAGAGCUUCCGGUGACAUUGACCUUGCUGAGACCGUGAUGGAUUACAUACGCGAAACGGAUCCAGACGGCCACUUUAACUACGUGCUGCUGUCGAACAUCUACGCAGCAACAGGGAGCUGGGGCGGGGCAGGGAAGGUGAGGAGGAAGAUGAAGGAUCGCGGACUGCAGAAGCAGCCCGGGAUCAGUUUGAUCGAGAUCGAUUGCACCAUUCACGAGUUCGUAGCCGGAGAUAGGUCUCAUUUUGAUGCAGAGAAUAUACAUAAAAUGCUGCAGCUUUUGUCAAAUGAGAUAAGGUAUAAUUGCGAAUUCUUGCCAAUUUGAUUU